UUCCAGGGCAGUGAGCGUUUACAUACAGCACGUGAAUGCCUCAUUCAGUCAACGUGCGUGUGUGUCUUUUAUGCCCGCCCUGACGGUUGCUGACAGCAAACUAGGAGCAGACGCCACAGAGAAUACAGACAGAGCAGCAAACUCGACAAAAUGAGGGACAACAGUUUGCCACGAAUUUUUGUUAUUAUCUUAUGUGCGGCGGUUUUUAUUGCCGUUUUAGUUGUUAACGCGUUGGCUGGAGCAGGCAGAGGUCCAUUCCAUUUCUCUACAGGCAACGUGUCGGCCCGCUAUGAGACAGACAUCACUCCAGCUGGCUGGACCUUCUCCAUCUGGGGUGUUAUCUAUACCUGGCUCACCCUGAUGGUCAUAUACAUCACUUCAUAUGUAUUCAGAGGAUCCUGGGCUCAGUGUCUGCUUCCCUACGCCUUCUAUUUUUGCUGGCUGUCCAACAUGGUGAUGAACAUGAUAUGGCUGCUGCUGUGGGACAGAGAGCUGAUGCUAGCAGCUCUGGUCGUAUUAAUCAUGAUAGUGAUUUCCAACUACAGUGCUUUGUUCUUCUGUUGCUUUGCCACGGAUUACUAUGGACUCUGGUUACAGACAUACCAUCGCAAAGACCUGGCCUGCCUUAGAAUACUGGUCCAAAACGGUUUGGCUCUGUACACCACAUGGACAUCCAUCGCCUCUCUGAUAAACUUCUCAUUGGUUCUCCACCUGUGGGGGGUGGACAGGAGCACAGCAGCAACAGCCUCUCUGUGCAUCCUCUUUGGAGAGGUGAUGGCAUGGUUCAUCCUUGAGAACUGGGUGCUGGACCGUUGGGUGCGUAACAUCCUGACAGUCUACCCCGUGGUGAUUGUGGCUCUGGUCGGAAACGUCAUGAAACAUUUUAACCCAGCUGAUCCCACGGCAAAUUCAGUGUUCAUGGUUGUGCUGCUGGUGUUGGCGUGUGUCCUGCUGUUUUUCCGUGUCUGCACCGUCAUCUGGAGGAACUACUGGCGGCCUCUUCACUCGCCAGGCUCGGCACGGCUGAUGAUAUCACCUCUUGACGGCAGAAAAUUCAAGCUGUUUUCGUGAACAAUAGAAACUAUUCCAGCACCUUCUGCCUCACUGCAGCCUUAUAUCUCUCAGCCCAGACCCUCUCUUAGCCUACAUGCACACUAAUGCAUUUUUGUUUUCAAACACAUAACCUUUAACUGUUGCUACAUUUAUGCCCAGUGUCCUCACAGCACUCAGAACCCCUAAAAUGGAGCAAAAGCUGCUGAUAGCGUUUUAAUUCGAAAUGUGGGGUUGCUUUUUAAGUCUGGAUGAGCAGAAAGUGGGGGACUUUUGAGAACGAUGACACAGGAGCACACAUUUUGCUUCGUGAUUCGUUUUUUUUCGGCCGCAACCUGAUUUGUCACACUGCUCUCAUGGGAUUCUUGAAAUCAAGCAGGAGAAGCUUAAUCAGGUUGAUUCGACAUAAAUUCACAGGCAUUGAUGACCUUAUCAAUUCACCUGACUGUUGUGCAUUUUAUAAUGUUGCAUUUUAUAAUGUGCAUUUUAUAAUGUUUCCAGGUCUGCUGCCUACAUGUGCAGGAGACAGGUUAAUGUUAGAGCACUUUAGGACAAUGUCCAUGUCUGCUGGAGUUAUCAGAUCUACAUGAAGCCCUGGUUUGGGGGGGGGGGGGGGGACCAACCAUGAAGAACCAGUGCCUGUUGAUUGCGAUUUUAUCAAAAUGACAUUGUGGUGGCUGAGUAAUGUGAAUGUCCAGACUGGCUCUAAUCAACUUCAACCAAAGACAAGGUCCAGUACAAGGCUGUUGGUUCUGAGAAUUGACAGAAUUGACAUAUUUUAAUAAAUAUAGCAUUAUCCAGGAGGACUCUGAAGAGCAGUCACGUUCCCCUGCCUCAUCAUAAUUCAAACGACAUCAGACGUGACAGUACUGAUGGAGAUUAUUCCUGAUAAUGGUUUCUGUUGUAAAAACGAAAACGCAUUAGAGUGGACGUUGCCUUCUGUACAUUUCCACAAAAUCCACUGCAAAGCUCAAGGAUAAAUCCAUCACCUUUCACAUGAGGUUUGUACUCUUGUCAAAGUGUUCAACUAGUCAUUGCAUAAACAACAGGGAUAACAACUGUUCUUUUUUUUUUUUUUUUUUCAACGCAACCUUUGAAAUUGUCUUGAGAGACAGAAAGGGGAGGUGUUGCAAGUCUGUUACGGGAAAACCUCUCCUCCUCUCGUCUGCUCUGUGCUCUGCUCAAACCGCAGUAAGACAAUACUCCAUCCAUCCAUUUUCUGUACCGCUUAUCCGUCAGGGUCGCGGGGUAAGACACUCUCACAUCUGAAACUUUCUUUGAAAUACUAACAAGCUACCACUGUCCUCACUACUCGCCGUCACUAGUGUUUACACGAAUGCAUGCAUGUGAUUUGAUCCUGUUUUAUAUUGAUGUUUUAUGACAGUUUUAUGAUUCCGUUUGUGGCCUUUUUAUGUUCCAUCCAUAUGGCGACAACACAUAUACUGCCAACAUUUGUUUGCUUUUAACAGCUCAGUCGAGUACAUGAAGGCGUCCUUACUAAAAGUGCUGAAGAAGUUAAUUACAUUAAGUCUGAAUGUCCAAUUAAAGUUUUCUUUUUCACAUCUGA